CGGGCAUAUAUGCCGCAAUUUUCCAGUUAAUACGGUAUACGACCCGUACCCCGAUAAAAUCCAUAAGGCAAGCAAAAUGUUCCAUUAUGAUGCUCUAUAGAUAUGCAGGCUCGGAACUUGACAUUUAUUUCAUGGCAUUUCCCCAGAAAAGGGCCUGUCUUUUGACAAAAAUGCUCCAUUAAUGUCACGAGAGGUUUGUGGCCAAACAUGGGCGGUUGCUGCUGCUUCCGAUCGUAAAAUUUUGGGGUUCGUUCUAUGUGCCGGGAGGUCCCCGGAAAUGGAUCGUCUCCGUCCCCGCUCCCGGCGCCGAGAGCCCUCCUCCGGGUUCACGAAAUCGGAGAUUGAGAAAUUGGAAAAGUUGCUGGAGGAAUCGGGAUCAGAAACAACCACCAGGGCAUUCUGUCGCAAGAUAGCAACAAGAUUUAACUGCUCUGCAGCUCGUGCUGGAAAACCUCCUGUGAACUGGACUGAGGUGCAAAGCUGGUUUUUGGAUAGGCGACAGGACCGUGAUAGGAAACCCGCUUCUUCAGUUGAUUUGCAUCAGGAUUUAUCGGUUCUACCCGGAAGUCUCCCUUUGAAUAAAGUACACGGGGAUUCUGAAGUACCUGAAGGGUUAAAGGUCCCAGAUCUAUCAGAAGUGGAAUUUGAGGCCAAGUCAUCAAAAGAUGGGGCAUGGUAUGAUGUUGAUAUGUUUCUUGCUCACAGGUUCCUUAGUUCAGGAGAAGCUGAAGUUCUUGUCAGAUUUACUGGGUUUGGGGCCGAGGAAGAUGAAUGGGUUAACAUAAAAAAAGCAAUCCGAGAACGUUCUGUACCAUUGGAGCACUGGGAGUGUCAUAAGCUUAAAGUUGGGGACUUCAUCCUCUGCUUCCAGGAGAGGAGAGAUCAGGCGAUUUACUAUGAUGCUCACAUCGUAGAAAUAGGGAGGAGAAUGCACGACAUAAGGGGCUGCAGGUGUCUCUUCUUGAUUCGUUAUGAUCACGAUAACUCCGAGGAGAGGGUUCGGUUGAGGAGAUUGUGCCGCCGACCUUCAUGGUAGAUUUGUGGGAUGUGCAGAAGAUCUUGCUGGUAUUUAAAGCAAAUAGAAGGGCUAAUUUUGUUGGUUUUCAGUGUUUUAUAUAGCCCUUCUAUCAUUCAUUUUUUUCCCCCCUAUUCUUCAGAAGUACAGGUGAUAUAUAGUCCGAGUAUAGCUGACAAGUUACUAUACGAGAAGAUACCACUCUCCAGUUGCAUUUUGGUUUGGGUUUAGUUAAGGGUUCUCUCAAAGUAAAUGAUGAAUGUUUUGCGUUAGCGUACAAAUGAGCCAUAGCCUUCGAGGUGUAGCAGCAAACUAUCAGCACUGGACCGUGGCCUUAGUUUCUCGAGCUUGGAACAGUUUCGAAAAUCAUGCAGUUGGAUCCUUCUGAUA